CUCCCUGCGGUCGAAGUUUGAGAAGGACUUUUGAGGGGCGAGAGGAAGGAGGAGGAGGGUGUGUUGCUGUGAGGCGUUGUGGAGUUAGUUGGUGAGGCCCAGCGUGCCACUGGUCCCUUCUCCGGGGGCUUUGGAGGAGAGGGAGAUUGGAGGAAAGACGGCGAAGGUAUUAAGCCCAUUCACUCCAGCUUCAGAGGGAGAGGGUAUAAGGAACAACCUGGGCCUCCCUUGCUUUGAGCGUUCCCGGCCUUGCCAGAUUUCUGGCUCAAGUUUAACAACUGCGUCAUGGGAAGAAGUUCGUGAGAAAUGGCUCAUGGGAGCCAGGAACAGAGCCUUCGGGAAGAGCUCACCUGUGCCAUCUGUUUUGACCUGUUUCGGAAGCCAGUCAUGCUGGACUGCAUGCACCAUUUUUGCCAGGAGUGCAUCCAGAGCUACUGGGAGAGUUGCUCAGGUGUUGCCACCUGCCCUCAGUGUCGUCGAGAGUUCCCCACCCGCUCCUUCCGCCCCCAGUACCUUGUUUCUGGAGUAGUGGAAAAGGUUCGGAGGUGCACCUCAGAGGAGCACAGGAGCAAAGUACAGAAGCACCUCGAAGAGGCACUUCAGUCUUUCCAGGUGGACCACGAGAAACUGAUGAGAAUGAAGCAUGGGACUGAGGAGAAGAUCUGUGGUCUGCUGAAGACAUCUGGUGAGCUCAAGUCAAAGAUCCGUUCAGCGUUUGAGCGUCUUCAUCGUAUCCUAGAAGAGGAGGAAAAAACUGUGCUGAUGGAACUUACUCGGAAAGAGAGAGAGUGUUUGAUGAGACUGGAAAGAGACUCUACACAACUAGCAGGAAGGAUGCUUGAUUUAAAGAAGAAUAUGGAACAUAUACAGCACCAGCUUGACAAACUGGGAAGCUCAUUGCUUCUUGAGGUGGAAAAUGUGACAGUUAAGCCAACCACAGAUGUGAAAGCAUUGACCACUUUUCGUAUAGAGCAGUUCAAGGAUCUGUAUGAUGGGCCCCUGCAAUAUACAUUUUGGAGAAGGAUGUUCAAGUCAAUCAGCCCAGCUCCAGCCUCUCUGGUCUUUGAUCCAGAAACGGCCCACCCAAACCUCAUCCUCUCCAAAGAUUUGACUGCAGUAACAGAGAAAGAGAUGCUCCAACCUGUGCCGAGAAGCUCCAAGCGCUUCCUGCAGAGUGUGAACGUCCUGGCCAAAGCAUCCUUUAAGAGUGGGAGGCAUUACUGGGAGGUCUGGGUAGGCAGCAAAACCAAAUGGGACCUGGGAGUGGCAGCAGACUCCGUGGACCGAGCAGCUAGAGUCCGGCUGUGCCCUGAGAACGGCUACUGGGCUAUACGACUACGGGAUAAUGCUGAGUAUUGGGCUGCAACUACCCCCUGGGUGCGCCUGAGGCUUCGCCAUUCACUGAAGAAAGUGGGUGUCCUGUUGGAUUGCAGCACAAACAAAGUGGCCUUCUACAACGCUGAGGACAUGUCCUUCCUCUUUGCCUUCCACCAAGCCCGGGCACACAAAUUCUACCCUUUCUUCAGUACUUGCUUCAGUGAUGGCAAGAAUGAGGAGCCCAUGAGAAUCUGCCACCUGAAUCUGUAGGAAGAUACCAGCAGGCUGCAUCUGAUUGCAUUCAGCAAGAUAACUGGGCCAGAUUCUUCUUGAAUUCUAGUGGCUAGUUGACCUACCACUUUUUUUUUUCCGUGUCAGGAGCAACCUGAGUCACUGAGACCUAUCACUGAAGUGAGAAAAGCUUUGUUCAUCAUCUCCUUUCUGUUCUUUUUGUGAGCUGUAUAUACUUGUCAAAUAGUAUAAGCUCUGGGACUUUAUGGACCACAUGAUUACUAACAAAUUAGAACAUAUUUACAAUCGGCCUUCCACAUUUGUAGGGAUUAGGGGCAUAUAUUCUCCAUGACGGUUAAAAAAAUUACAAAUAAAACUGAGUUUAAUUUCA